CACUUUCGCUUGGUUUGGUUUAUAUGCAUCUGCUUGAAGUGGUUUCCCAAAAUACAAAUAUACAGUAAACAAUUAGCGGAAAAUGUUUAAGUUGAAAAACAAGCUGAAGAAUAAAUUCAAAUCUUCCAAAAUCGACUGCCAUCCGGAUGAUUUCAGUGUGCUAUCGUUCGAUUUUAGUCCCGAAACAUCACCAGCACCACCGCCAACUGCAUCGGAACAGUCGGAGAGUAACAGUUCCUCCGGAUGUGGCCACUCAUCGAACCAUGACGGAUGUGAUCUACCUCCGGCAAGUGCUGAAGAAAGCGGUCCCGGGUCAUCGCUGAACUACAGUUGCUGUUACAAUUACAAUUUCAACAUCAACUACAAUUUCUCCCCACCGCCACAUGGAUGCAACAUAGGCCGAGAAUCGCCAAAGUGGUGCGAUGAGGAAAUUUGCGAGGAACUUCACCUGUUCGAUAGUGAUAGCAAUUUGGCUGUGGAGAUUCCUACUGACCCGAUCAAAAAGAGUAAAUCCAGUAAGAAAGUUCGACCGACAUCAACAGAUCGAAGCAAAAGAAGUUUCUCGAGUAUGUCUUCCAAGGUUACGCCCGGUAAUCCACGGGCAAUGAAGGCAUCUAUGAAAGCAUCGCGAUGUUUGUCCACGAGUGAUUUGUCGACAUACAAAGGCAGUGGCUAUAGCGACAACAGUUACGACUAUAACAACAUUUGCAAUCGAUUGCACUCGAUGAAGAUUACGGAAAUGCUGGAUCAGAAAGGGACGAAUCUCACCGAUCAUGACCGACGGAUUCUGCAUUGCAUGGUCCUGAAACGCAUCAAGGAGAUUGAGCGACUUGAAGAAUCCGUUGUGGCAAAACAGUGCUGGGAGCAGGAAAAGGCCUAUCGAAAGUCUUUGCUCGACGAACAGGAGCGCAACUAUAAGAAAGCUAUUCGCCAGAAGCGAAACAUUGAGAAAAUUGAGAUUCGUAAUCGCAAACAGCGAUUGGAACGUUUAGAGCAACAGCAGAUCGAAAAGAUUCAAAAUGAAAUCACCGAAAAAGACAUACGAUCUAGCAGUUUGCGUAAAACAUUGGAAAUCCAAAAAGGUAUUAAGGAGUGUGAGAAAAAGAAUCGUGAGCUAAAGCGCAUCGAAGAUACUACAAUCAACCAGGAGGAGAAAACUUUGGACAAGGACAUCUGGCGACAGGCACUGGUCGACCAUUUGGAGGAGCGAGUUCAACGAGCGGACGUACUGAGACAUCGGGUCCUAGACGUGUACAAGCGCCGAGUAAAGAUCGACAAUCAGCUGGAGAAGAAGAUGCAUGACCACAAUCUCAAGCAGACGCUCGAGCAGGAGCGUUACAAACUGAUGAAGCUGCAGGAGCGGAUCAUGAUGCGGGAGAGUCGCUUCCAGCGGUUCAAGGACAGCAAAAAGCGUAUCUUCGAUCAGUUGAAGAGCCGUGCCAAGACGACAGCCGCCCUGCGGGAUAUGGUGAAGCAUUCGAUUAGUCCCGAUACCUGUGCGAAGACGAUUGCCGGCAACCAGCAGCGGGUGAUCAAUGUGGUGCAGGUGAAGUGAAGUGAUGUAUAUUGAGCUUAUUUAAUGGCCAAUUUCUUCACCUUCGUUUAAGCCGUAAACCAGGUUUACCCAUAUAGUUAAACUGGGUUUAAGGCUUAAGCGAUGGUGAAGAAACCGCUUAUAAGUGUGAAUAAUGUAUCUGUACAUAAUUUCGAAGUGCGUGUGUUUGGAAUUUUAAAAAUAAAUACUAUUUUGA